UACCCAAACCGAUCAUUAAUUAGAUUUGUGCCAUACUUAAAUCCGACGAUGAAUGCAGACGUUUUAACCCCUACGUUAUCAAACUAAUGAGAUCCUUAAGUCUGUAUUAUAGACUUGUGAUCAUGUCGGAUUUCAGUUACCGAGAGAAGCUACUCCUACUGAUAAGAGGCGCGUGAGGCUGAUUAAGGACAUAAUGGUAGGAGAAUAGUUCAAAGCACGCGACGGUUGCUUUUCUAUAAUGGCACACUUUCGUAAUUUUUAUACCGUUUGCUAUUUUUCAUUUUUUUGAAAUACAUCCCACAAGACUUCACAAAUCUCCAUCACCUAAAGCACGAUUAUUCAAUCGGAACUGAAGAACAAACCUUCAGUAUGUCGACUCCGGAACUUCCACCGAGGAUUUUCGCCGCCGGUGAAGAACCAUCGGGCUAUAGAGUUAACUCGUAUCACAAAGUGAAGAUCACUCAGACGAUUCUCAGAGCCCUCACGGAAGAUGAAGUCGAAUUUUUCAGAAAUUCAUCAUUUUCCAAGGUAAUUUCCCAUGAUGAUAAUCCUCCACUCUCUGGCGCAUUCUGUUACUUUCUCCUGGCUAGGAGGUUCAAGACCAAUAAAAAAUAUGAGUUUUGGGUUUUGUUCGCCGGUACUCUGAUUCGAAUUUCUCUUAGAGAGUUCGCAAUUGUCAUUGGGCUUAACUGUGGGAGAUUGCCUAAUUCGAGAGGCCGCAAGAGGAAAAAACCCCUUAAUGAGAAACGAGCUAUUUGGGUCGCUCAAGUCGGUCUCAGUGGGGAUGAUUGUGGACAUGCUCAAGAACAAAAAGGUGAAGGACAGGGAUACACGCAUCAAGUUUGCAUGCCUCGCUAUUGUUACCUCGGUUCUGUUACCAUCUUCUCACACGCCGAAGGUCAACCCUGACCAUGUAGAGUUGAUUUGUGAUGUAGACGAAUUCAUGGCAUAUCCUUGGGGGCGUGUGUCUUUCCAGGCGCUAAUGUCGUCUCUUCUUAAGAAAGAUGAACUUGCUCUAGCGCAGGACUCAUUUGCGCUGUAGAAGCUAUCAAAUUAGUGAUGAUUGCAUCGGUGCCUGAACUGAAGGAAGAAGUGACACCUAAUGCUCCAGUUGUAGUACAGGAAUCAGAUAGUGAAGAUAAGGAGAACGAGGCAGAGGCAUCAGACCAAACUACAUGUGAAAAAUCAUCAAACAAUGCCAAGUAUGUACUAAUUCCGGCUCAUGCGAAGACCAUGGACCUCGAAUGCAAGAUAUCGGUAAUUUUAUUUUUACUUGUUAAUUGCUAGGUGCGUGGUCGGUCUAUUCUUGAUGCACCACAUGAGGAGUGGGAUCUUGAGGCUGACCUGGGCUGCCCUGAUGAACUUGUAGAUCCACUGGUUGAUACUUUGAUGGAACUUGUCGCGUCUUGUUUCCGUUUCUAGAAGAAGAUGUUUGAGGGAGGUUUGACCGUUUCAGACUUAACACGUAUGAGGAGCCAAAAGCGGAAGGUUAAAGCGUCGAAGGAGAAGAACGAGAAGGAAGAUUCCGCUGAAUUCACAGAGGGUGACACUCCUGACCUAGACGCCAGCAAUCUAAUUGCCAAUAUGGUGUCCACGCAAUUGAAAGAAGAGAUCAGCGGCAUUGUGGAAAGGGUGACUACUAGGGUUGAUUUGCAGGUGAAGAAUGCGAUCAUGGGACUGAACCCGGAAGAGAGGAUCAAUCGGUUGGAGACAUUUAUUAACCCGAUCCUCGGCUUGGAGACCAGGAUUGCUGGCAUUGUUGCUGACAAGAUAGCUGCAAUGCAGGAUGCAGUGAUUAACUCAGUUUGCUCUCGUCUUCGAAACGAUGUACCGGUUAAACCACACGAUACCAACCAAAAUGUGACUCAGAUAGGAAAAAAUCAGCCGGACAGGAACGUUGAAAGCAGAUCUCUACUAUCUGGUCAUAUUCCUAUACAGGGUACCACACAAAACGUUGAACCUGCCGAUGCCAUUAAUAAGGCGUUGGAAAAUAUCACCCCCGCUACGCUCCCGCUCCCAGAUUUGGAUAUUACAGAAGGCCCAGCCGUUUCUGCAAACCCCAUACAGGACAGGAGGACGGGUGUCUUAGAUCCUGUUUCGACUGAAGAUGCUCAGGUCAAUGAACCAUCAUUCUCCCUUGGCGUUGGAGUUUCUCAGGCAGCACCUAAUACAAUUGUUGUUAAUGCAAAACCUCUGGAGUAUGUUCUACCGGCUUCCAGGCCAGCUGAGCCACCCAUAGCGCCCCGCAAAAGCACGAUAUCUCGUGUUACUCCCGCUGGGCUGGAUGAUUUUAAAUGCGACCCCACUGUUGUGGGUGGGCUGAUCUUUAUGAGAGAUCUGGAACAGCACUACUUGGGGGUUCUUGAGCAGGUUACAGGGAUGCAGUCCACCAAUAUAGGGAGGGACCACUCGGUCCCCAUGUUUGAUUUCCUUGAUAUCGCCCUUAGAUCAACCCAAAUGGCCCCCAAGGUUAUGGACUCUUUAAUGGCGUUCAUUAACAUCCAAACAUCCCUGAAUGACACCACGGUAAUUGUAUCAGAAACCAACCUUUCCGCCACCCUUAUGUCACACCAUUCUAGGUUUGUGAAGACGUCUGUGAAAGAUCGACUGAAGUUCAAGUUCAGCGGAGACGCGCUCUGCUGCAUCACCCCUCGUUUCAAAGGAAGGCUGUAUUUCCCGUUUAACAUCGACCAGCAGCACUGGGUUGGUUCUUGCGUGGAUUUUAAGGCUGGUGUGCUUCAUGUGCUAGACUGCAACACAGCUCUAAUGAGCGAUAGUCUUAUGAGGAAGGAGCUGACUCCGGUCGCAAACAUGUUGCCGUUCAUCGCUUAUGGAGGCAGCAAGGGCGAGUCAAGCGCGCUCGUGAAGGCUUUCACCGUUUCUAGGUGUAAAGGAAUCCCACAAGUUGCAUCCGCUACCGACGCUGCCGUGAUGACUGUGCUUCUCAUUGACGCUCACAAAGAAGGUGGCGUUGAUGCCUGCAAAACCAUAACACCCAGAGUGCUGCCAGGUACUGCGAAGCAGCUUCUCGUCAAGUUUUUCAGACCCAUAACGAAAAGCGCUACCAAUGAGUGAGGCUCAGUCUAGUCUUCAAUAUUUUACCGGGGAAAAACUAUUGUUCGGAUUAAUUCUUGUCUUAUUUGGUAAACUUUAUUCUACAAUUUAUCUCAACGCAGAGACUCUGCACUAAUGUAUGACUCUUUUUAUUUGCUAAGGAAUAUGUUUAUUGCAAAAAAUUUAGUCACUUCUUUUUUCGUUUUA